AUGAUCUCGGGAGCGCCCGCGUCGGGAAAAGGAACGCAAUGCCGCAUGAUCGUCGAGAAGUAUGGUUUAGUUCACAUAUCAACUGGUGAUCUUCUGCGAGCUGAAGUAUCUUCUGGCACAGAAAUUGGCAAGAAAGCAAAAGAAUACAUGGACAACGGAAAGCUUGUUCCGGAUCAAGUUGUGACAGAUAUGGUGGUAUCACGAUUGUCACAACCGGAUGUACAAGAAAGAGGGUGGCUUCUUGAUGGUUACCCAAGGAGCUUCAGUCAAGCACAAAGCCUUGAAAAUCUGAAAAUAAGACCGGAUAUAUUCAUUGUGCUAGAAGUUCCUGAUGACGUUCUAAUCGACAGAUGUGUUGGAAGACUGCUGGAUCCUGUGACUGGCAAGAUUUACCAUUUAACAAACUUCCCCCCGGAGAAUGAGGAGAUUUCUGCCCGACUUAUUACACGUUCUGACGACACAUUUGAGAAGGUUAAAUCACGCCUUGAUACGUACAAGCAAAAUUCUGAAGCUAUUCUUCCUACAUACUCUGAUUUGCUUAAUCAGAUUGAUGGAAACUGCCUAGCCGAAGUUGUUUUUCAGGAGAUAGAUUCCCUGUUACAGAAGAUCUGUGAAAACACUUCAGCCAACAAGUUGACCAAAACAAAUGGAAAACGAGCAGAUUCUGUGGAUAGAGUUUCAAAAAAUGAGUGGCGUGGAAUUCCAACAAGGUUGAAUAACAUUCCACAUUCUAGGGAAAUUAGGGAAUACUUCUACAACGAUGUGGUACAAGCUACAAAACUUGCUAUUGAAGAUAAAAAGACUCGGUUACAGAUAGAUAUCAAUAUUCCUGAGCUUAACCCUGAAAUGGAUGUUUAUCGCAUAGGAACCCUUAUGGAACUUGUAAGAGAACUUUCUCUAUCCUUUGCAGACGAUGGAAAACGUGUCAAGGUCUGUGUUCAAGGCUCCAUGGGGCAAGGUGCAUUUGCUGGCAUCCCACUCCAACUGGCAGGAACCAGAAAAAUUUUGGAAUUCAUGGACUGGGGUGACUAUGGGGCAAAGGGCACCUUCAUUAAUAUUGGGGCAGUAGGUGCUAAGGAGGUUGACAAAGAAGAUGAUAUGUUUGUCCUCAUUGCUCCGCAAAAUGCUGUUGGAAACUGCAUAAUUGAUGAUAUGAGAGCUAUGACUGAUGCUGCUGGUGACAGACCUGUGAUUCUUGUAAAUCCUCGCCUAAAGGAUAUGCCUGGAUCAAGUGGUGUGAUGCAAACAAUGGGAAGGGAUAUUAGGCUCAAGUAUGCUGCAUCAUUCGAGACGUGCUAUUCAUUUCGGCUUCUCUACUAUGCUGGUUCAUUCUAUCCUAUUAUGGGAGCUUUAAGGAUGUCUUAUCCAAAUAAAUAUGAGAUUUAUCGAAGGGUUGACGAGCUCAAUGGGAAAGAGAACUAUAUUCUUAUAGCUGAAUUCACGAACAAGCCAACUCCUGAUGAUAUUACCCGUGCUUUCACAGGACGGAAAAAGUAA